UGUGCGGCGCAGUGCAUUGUGGGUAAGACGUCAACCCGCCGCCAUAUCUGUCUGAAGGAGAGAGUCUGGAGGAGUCAUGAGAGGAAUCAGGUCUCUGAACAAUCUCCCCAAACGCUGCUAUGCGGCCGCCAGGAGGAGCGAGGCCCUGACCGAACCGCUGUCAGUGCGCAAACCGCCGCCUGCUGCACCUCUCCCCGCCCAAAAUGUCCAAGUGUCCAAACUCCGAAACGGCCUGGUGAUCGCAUCGCUGGAGAAUUACUCCCCCAUUGCCAGUGUCGGUGUUUUUGUGAGAGCCGGUAGUCGCUUUGAGACUGUGGAAAACCAGGGCGUCUCUCACGUACUGCGGCUGGCAGCGAACCUGACCAACAACAGUUCGUCUGGCUUCAAGAUCUGUCGCAGUGUGGAGGCACUGGGGGGCAGCCUGAGCGUGACAUCAUCGAGAGAGACCAUGGUUUACACUGCAGAAUGUUUGAGAGAUCAACUAGAUUUAUUACUGGAGCAACUGGUGAACGUGACAUCAGCUCAGGCGUUUCGGCCGUGGGAAGUGGCCGACCUGACGCCUCGGGUGAAGAUUGACAAAGCUCUGGCUCAGCAGUGUCCUCAGAUCGGUGUAAUUGAGAAGUUGCAUGAAGCAGCGUACAAAAACACCCUGUCCAACUCUCUGUACUGCCCUGACUACAUGGUCGGUCAAAUCUCCACUAGCCAGCUGCAGUCGUUUGUUGAAGACAACUUCACCACUGGCAGAAUGGCUCUUGUAGGACUAGGUGUAACGCACUCGGUCCUGAGGCAAGUGGGGGAGGGGCUCCUGAGUGCCCGCAGUGGGGCUGGAGCUCCUGUGGCUCAGGCUGUGUACCGUGGAGGUGAGCUGCGGGUGCAGAACAACGACGACUUGGUCCACGCCCUGAUUGCCAGCGAGGGUGGUGUGUCAGGUAGUGCGGAAGCUAAUGCCUUCAGCGUGCUGCAAAGGAUCCUGGGAGCUGGUCCACACGUAAAGAGAGGCGCCAACAUCACCAGCAAACUGAGCCAGGGUAUCGCUAAAGCUACCACACAGCCUUUCGAUGCCACAGCUUUCAACGCCUCAUAUUCUGACUCCGGCCUGUUUGGCGUCUAUACCAUCGCGCAAGCCGGCUCUGCAGGAGAGGUGAUCAAAGCCGCCAUGGCUCAAGUGCAAGGAGUGGCCGAGGGAAACGUAUCAGAGGCUGACGUCACCAGAGCAAAGAACCAGGUGAAAACCGAGUACCUGAUGUCGAUAGAGAGCUCUGAGAGCCUGCUGGAGGAGAUCGGCGCUCAGGCUCUGGCCACUGCAGCGUACCAGCGCCCUGACUCUGUUAUCCACGCUGUAGAUGCCGUCACUCAUGAUGAUGUGGUCAAGGCUGCAAAGAAAUUUGUAGACUCCAAGAAGACGAUGGCAGCUAGUGGACACCUCAUCAAUACGCCGUUUGUGGAUGAAGUAUGAAAGAUAAAUUAAGGAAAGGGUGAUUUUUAACUUGGGCAUGCUGCUGUGUAUGGCUGCUUAGAAAAAAUAAGAAAGGAAAGAGGACCUCAAAGCCACAGCCUCAUUUGAUGUCACCAAUCAUUUGUAGUCUGUCCUGCCAUACUUGUACGCACCAACAGGGAGCUGGAAAACCAUAAUGCAAUUUUUUGUCCAUUUAACUGUAUAUCUAUGUAAAUUAAAGAAAUGACAAUAAUAACAGAA